UUUGAUUUUUAUGUUAAAUUAGGAGGUGAUCUAUCAAACGUGACCCAGGAAGCAUGCCGGCCGUGCGAGGAGAUGGGAUGCGAGGUCUCGCAGUCUUCAUUUCAGACAUCAGGAAUUGUAAAAGCAAAGAAGCAGAAAUUAAAAGAAUAAAUAAAGAAUUAGCCAAUAUCAGAAGUAAAUUUAAAGGUGAUAAAACAUUAGAUGGAUAUCAGAAAAAGAAGUAUGUAUGCAAGUUAUUAUUCAUCUUUCUUCUGGGUCAUGACAUUGAUUUUGGUCACAUUGAAGCUGUCAACCUGUUGUCAUCAAAUAAAUACUCAGAAAAACAAAUUGUAAGUAUUACUAUGGUUACAGAUUCAGCACUUAUAUGUCUUUAAAUUAAUGUUAAUUAAAAUAGUUGUAAAAAAGUCAGGAUAUAUUUAUGUUUCAGAAAUCCAGUCCAUGUUAGUCUGGCAUUGCAGUGUAUAGCCAAUAUAGGAAGCAAGGAAAUGGCUGAAGCCUUUGGAUUUGAAGUUCCAAAACUGUUGGUAUCUGGGGACACUAUGGAUGUGGUUAAACAGUCGGCUGCCCUCUGUUUGUUGAGGUUGUUCCGUACCUCACAAGACAUCAUUCCAAGUGGCGAGUGGACGUCACGGAUCAUACAUCUCCUUAAUGACCAACACAUGGGUGUAGUGACAGCUGCAACCAGUCUUAUUGAUGCACUUGUUAAAAAAAGCCCUGAGGAAUACAAGGGAUGCAUUAGUCUUGCAGUUUCCAGGCUCAGUAGGAUUGUAACAGCAAGCUACACGGAUCUGCAGGAUUACACCUACUACUUUGUGCCUGCCCCUUGGCUCUCUGUCAAACUGUUACGGCUCUUGCAAAAUUACACGCCUCCAGAGGAUCCAGGUGUACGUGGCAGAUUGAAUGAGUGUUUGGAAACUAUCCUGAACAAGGCACAAGAGCCUCCAAAAUCAAAAAAAGUUCAGCAUUCAAAUGCAAAAAAUGCUGUGUUAUUUGAGGCCAUCAGUCUUAUCAUCCACAAUGACACAGAACCAAAUCUUCUUGUUCGUGCAUGUAACCAGUUGGGCCAAUUUCUGUCAAAUCGUGAGACAAAUUUGAGGUACCUGGCACUGGAAUCGAUGUGCCACCUAGCUACCUCAGAGUUUUCACAUGAUGCUGUCAAAAAGCACCAGGAAGUUGUCAUUCUCUCUAUGAAGAUGGAGAAGGAUGUGUCAGUACGGCAGCAAGCGGUGGACUUGCUGUAUGCUAUGUGUGACAAGAGCAAUGCUGAAGAAAUUGUGCAAGAGAUGUUGAAUUAUCUAGAAACUGCAGACUAUUCAAUCAGAGAAGAAAUGGUCCUGAAAGUUGCCAUUCUUGCAGAGAAAUAUGCUACAGACUACACGUGGUACGUGGAUGUUAUCUUGAAUUUAAUUCGGAUAGCUGGUGACUAUGUAUCAGAAGAGGUGUGGUACAGAGUUAUCCAGAUUGUCAUCAAUAGAGAUGACGUGCAGGGUUAUGCUGCAAAAACUGUGUUCGAGGCUCUCCAAGCACCAGCUUGCCAUGAAAACAUGGUCAAAGUUGGUGGCUACAUUCUUGGAGAGUUUGGUAAUUUGAUUGCGGGAGAUCAACGAUCAUCACCUCUAGUUCAAUUCCAACUUCUACAUUCCAAGUACCACUUGUGCUCACCCAUGACAAGAGCUCUUCUGCUUUCAACAUAUAUAAAGUUUGUGAAUCUGUUCCCUGAAAUCAAAACUCAGAUCCAGGAAGUGUUCAAACAGCAUAGUAACUUGCGCAGUGCAGAUGCAGAACUCCAGCAGAGAGCAUCGGAAUACUUGCAGCUGAGCAUCAUUGCUUCUACAGAUGUUCUGGCUACAGUGUUGGAAGAGAUGCCAGCAUUCCCUGAGCGUGAAUCAUCCAUCUUAGCUGUUCUAAAGAAGAAGAAGCCAGGCAGGGUACCAGAAAAUGAAAUUCGUGAAGGAAAGAGUCCUGCUCCGACCACCAAUCACCAAACUGACCAGCCUCCAACACAGGCUCCAACAGUAAACAAUGUAUCAACAGAUCUGCUGGGUUUAUCAACGCCGCCAGCAUCACAACCAGCAGCUCCUAGCAACACUGGUGUCCUGUUAGACAUGUUCGGAGAUAUCUAUAGCGGUUCACAAAAUACUGCGAACAAUAUAAACAACCUAGCCCCUGCACAAAGUACAUAUAAUGCAAAGAAGUUUGUCUGUAAAAAUAAUGGAGUCCUUUUUGAAAAUGAUCUUAUUCAGAUAGGUGUGAAAUCGGAGUUCCGGCAAAAUUUGGGAAGGCUUGGGCUCUUCUAUGGUAAUAAAACAUCUUUUGCAUUACAGAAUUUCCUGCCAAAUAUAUCUUGCCCAGAUGAUCUGUCAUCUAAGAUGAAUAUUCAAGUGAAACCUGUGGAGCCUGUUCUAGAAGCAGGGGCUCAGAUACAGCAGUUGGUCAAUGCAGAGUGCGUUGAGGACUUCAUUGAUGCUCCCAGUAUGAUCAUAACAUUUAUAUAUAAUAAUGUACCCCAGAAGUUAACUAUCAAACUGCCUCUUACAAUUAACAAGUUCUUUGAACCAACUGAAAUGAAUGGAGAAUCAUUUUUUGCACGGUGGAAGAAUUUGGGAGGGAAUCAGCAACGUUCCCAGAAAAUUUUCAAAGCCUCACAACCUAUGGAUCUUAAUGCGGUUCGCACUAAGCUUCUGGGAUUUGGUAUGCAGUUAUUGGAUGGUAUUGAUCCAAACCCAGACAACUUUGUGUGUGCCGGUAUCAUUCACACACGAACUCAGGCAGUGGGCUGCCUUCUGCGACUGGAACCUAACAAGCAGGCCCAGAUGUACAGACUGACAGUUCGAUCAAGCAAAGAAAGUGUGUCACAAGAAGUUUGUGAACUCUUGGCAGACCAGUUCUAGUCUGCAUGAUAGACUUUGUCCCUUUGAUGGAUGAAUCGAUGACGCAUAUUGUUGUAAAUUGUGUGUAACUUUUCCCUUUCUAUUCCCAAUAUAAACCUUUCUUGGGUUAUCCUCGUAUACCCAAAUGGCUUGGGUGUAUAAAAGAGAGAUAAAGCUUUGGCAUCGCCAUUGUGGCAUGCCAUGUCGAAUACAUAUAUGAUAUUAAUAGUUCUAUUUAAAAAUGUUGAAACAGAUAAUAGUGGCUGCUCAUUCGUUUAUAAUGAGAUGAUGUGUGUUUCAUCAUAGACUGGGAAUUAUGACAGACUGGAUUUGUUCAUGUUUGUUCAGUUGAUUAAGUUGCUUGCUCUACUUUUUGGAGGCUAUUCCUACAUCAGGAAAACAAGCAAUAUUUCACUAUGAACUAACAUUCAAAAUUUUACUGGACAAAUGUGUGAACUUCAUGUAGUCUGCAUUAUGGAAAAUGCCAUGCCAUAGUAAUUGGGCAGUUCCUCCUCGUAAUAACAAAUGAUACACACAUUUUUUCACAAAUAUCAUUAAAACAUAAGACUUGUAUGGUAUAUAUAAUAAUUUUUUUUAUUUGACAAUAAGUUGUGUCUUAGAUUAACUUUUUGUUUUAUGUAGAUUCUUUAUGAAAGAGGUUUAGCUCUGCAGUCAUGGUAAAAUUAAAACAGAUGGUGUCUUAAUGUGUAUGUCAUCCAGUCAAGUUAAUUAUGGUAAUUGACUCAGCAGGGUAUAUAUAAGCAGCUUUAGAAAGCUAAAACAAAUUUGUACAGGAUUUGGUAGCAGCAGUAACAGUGUGCAUCACUUAUGUAUUUAGUUUCCUUUUUUCCUGAAUAAUUUCAUAAAAGAAUUAGGGGAUGUGUUGUACAUAUUUACAUAUCAAUAUUUGGAUAUAGCAAAAUGAAUAUUUUUGUUUUGUUUUACUUUUACCUCUCCCCUUUCUCUUUUCUCCAUGUCCCCCAUUUACCCUAAUAAAUAGCUGUUGAAUUUUGGGCUAUAUUUGACUAAGUAAUUACAUUUGAAAAAUUCAUUGCUGCUGGUACAGUGAAUCACAUUGUAUGAAAGUAUGUAAACCAUGAAAUGGAGAUGGAAUAGUAAGUAAUUGUCUUAUGGCAGCACUGCUUCCCUCGGCUGCAAAAAUAAAAUUGUAUUUGCUUAUUAAAGUAAUGGAUAUUUUAUGAAAAACCAUUGAAAGAAUUUGAAAGUUCCCAUGUGGGUUAUAUAAUUGAGUGGAUAUGGGUACAGUAAUUUCAAUUAAUCUGUUUUUAUGUAAUUCAGUCGAUUUUCUUCAAGCCCCCCCAUCUCCCACUUCCAGUAAUAUUAUUGUUAUUCUCUUCAGUUGCUUAGAAGAAAGUCAAAUUUCUUUGAUACGUACAAUUUAGUUAUACAGCUACAGCUGUGGAUUUUAAAUAUCAUUAAGGAUGUGCUUACUUUCACUAUUAUAAGGUUAACACUUGAUGUGGCAUAUUUAUUUUGAUGUUACAGUUCUGUUGAAGGAAAGUGUGUACCAUAUUGCUUGACCAAAUUUAUUUUAUGAUUUACAAUUUUGCUCAAAUUUUUCAGUAUUUUAGUAGACACUUUUUGGAAUUAUUUUUUCUCAGCAAGGCUGUUAAUGUGUUACAUUGUCAACUGUUUCAGGAUUCCAGUGUUUGCAUGUGAAAUAGUUUAAUUCUCUACCGUGAUAAAAUUUUCUGUAUUAUGCAAUUUUGUAUUGUGAUCAUAACUCUUAACAGGAAGUAACACCUUUGAAGCAGUAAUUCCUUGGUCAUUUAAGAAGGGAAUAUUUCUGUUAUGAAAGUAAUUAGGUAAUUUAAGAGUACAUCUUGAUGCAUUAAUUGUUUUGUAUUGGCAUGAGUGUAUAUCAUUCAGUAUAAUGUGUGAUGAAAUGUGAUAAUUUGUUUAUAGAUCAUUUAUGAAUGGAGGUAAUUUAUUUGGGAUGGUACAUUUUUUGAUGACAGAAGAAUCUCAAAUUUUGGGGGAAUUUAAUUUGUGUAGAUAUGAAAAUUAAAUUUGAAGAUUAUUUCA